GCUUGGGAUGCUGCUGACAGAGACAGAAACAGAGAUGAUGUCUGACGGGAACCCCACGGUGGUACUGGACCACGGCACGUCCUCCAUCAAGGCUGGGCUGGCCGGACAGUUCAAACCUCACGUGUUCUUACCGACCCUGGUGGGCAGGCCAGCCUUCCCACAGCACCAGUCUAUAGGCGUGUGCUGUGGAGAAAAGGCCCUGAAAAACUGGCGCGAACUGAAGAUCACCUACCCGAUCGCGGAGAGUACCAUCACUGACUGGGACGACAUGGAGGUGAUCUGGAACCACAUUUUUCACGAGGAACUGAAGAUCCAGCCAGACGAGCACACGUACCUGCUAACAGAGAGGCCGAGGAACCCGCGACAGGCCAGGGAGAAGACAGCAGAGAUCUUUUUUGAGAAGUUCGGUGCCCAGGCGAUUUACCUGGCCAUUGAGUCUGUCCUAUCCCUGUAUACGAGCGGCCGGACGGUUGGGAUGGUGUUGAACUGUGGGGAGGGCGCCUCCCACGCCGUGCCCGUGUACGAGGGGUACGCUCUACCUUUGUCCUGGAAGAGAGUCAGCGUAGCCGGAACCCAUCUCACGGACUACCUUAUAACGUUGUUGGAGAAGAAAGGACACUCUUUCAAGUCACCAGGUGAGCUUAUAGUGUAGUAAGGAAAGGGUACAUUA